AUGAAGACCGCGAAACCACCGCCUCAACAGGCCGACCCUGGGGCCACAGCGGCGGCCAGUCGUCGAGCUCAGCCAGCUCGCCAGGCUCGUGCGAACCCGACGAGAACCCUCUCCGGCCUCACCAGCAAUUCCCACGAGUCGCGCAGACCACCUCCCUCAUACGACCAGCCGAUCGACAUCUUUCCGGCGAUCACCCACUUCACCGACGCCAUCCAGUCGCUCCCCAAGGACCUUGUCCGCCACUUCACUCUGCUCAAGGAGGUCGAUGCCAAGAUCUUCGGCCCAGAAGAGACCUUGUUCCAGCUCGUCGACGCCGCCCUCAAGUCGAACCCUCCCGACACCCGCCGGACCAAUGCUGGUUCCAGCAUCGUGGGCACGGCCACCCCGAUUAGCACACAACACUCGAUCGCACCCUCAGUAGACGACGCCUUCAACCAGGCCGUCUUUGACCCUACCAACAUACCGAGACGCCAGCUGUUCCACCAGACUGCUUACAAGAUCCAAGAAAUGCUCAACUCGCUCGAGGAGAAAAACCACGUCAUUUCGACGGCCAACGACGCCCUCUCGAAGCAGCUGUCCCGCAUUAAUGACGUGUGGCCGCAUCUUGAAGCAGAGUUCAGCGACGAGGCGAAAUGGGGCAGCACAACGCAUUGGGCCUACCCAAGCAAUCGGGAGAAUAACAGAGUCAGCCAGGCGGAGCGGUCGCGCCGCGACGGUGCGGCAACCAUUACCGCUGCUGCGCAACAGCUCGCCGAAGAGGCCGCGGCCAGGAGUGACGCGAGGAAACAAGCUGUUGCGGCCAAGAAGAGUCUGAAGGCCGCACAACAGCAGCAGCGCCACGAGUCGGACGCGGACGACCACGAGACGACGAGCAAAUCCAAAAGCGAGGCGAAGAAAGCCGCGAGCAGCAAAUCACGCAAGGGCGUAGACGCCGCGGCGGCCCCAGCCGGCUCCGCAGCUGCCACAGCCGCGGCUGCCAAUGGCAACCCUGCUCCCAAGAAGCGCAAGACAGAGAAGCCGCCUGCUAACGGCGGACAGCCCAUGGAGCGCUCCCUCAGCUCCGUCUUCGGCGACAAGUCAGCAAAGGCUACCAAGACAUCCAGCCCACGAGGGACGCCCGGUCCCGAUCAACCACCAAAGAAGCGCAAAGCCCUGCCGACCGCCAAUGGCGCCGCAAAGAAGAGCAAAACGUCUUCGACGGCCGCUGCCACAACAACUGCGGCGCAGGCAUCCAUGUCGCCCGCCACAGCCCUGUCGCCAGCUCUACCCAACUUCUUGGACACCAAAGCUGCGCCCGUCAAGUCGCCGGUUCCGCCACCUGCCGCACCUGCCGCAACUGCUCGACCCUCAUCAUCCCGCGCCCGUGCAAACUCGGUGCGAUCUACGGCUGAGUCUACCACGCAGCAGCGACCGCCUUCGUCCGCCUCGAACAAGACGAAUGGCACGACGAUACCUGCGCCGAUAUCCACGACGCCGGUGCCUCCCCCUGUCACGAACGGCAUCAGGCCGCCUAUUGUGGAAGUAAAGCCGACUAAGGAGGUCGCCCCCCCGGUCAAGGUAGAGGCAGCCAAGGAGGAGCCAGCCAAGCCAUCCAGCCGGGCAAGCAGCACAGCAGAUAGCUCCAAGAAGGAGGGCGUGCCGAAAGCAGAAGAAUCUGAGCCACGCACAGACGCGACGCAACAGACACCACAGACUACAGCAUCCGUCGUGACUACCAAGAGUGGCCGAGCAAGCAAGCCGUCCACACCGGCGCUGGGCUCAUUCCCAGAUCCUGUGCUGCCACGAUCGCGCAAUUCUCGCAACCAGGUUACGACAACUACAGCAAAGAGAAGCCACAAGAAGGGAGCGUCCCAGAUGGCCCUCGCACAGGCCGCCGACGACGACGCCGCUAGCAGCAGCGUGCCUGAUGACGAUGAGGACGGCGAGAUAGACGCGGACGAGCCGCUAUACUGCUAUUGCAAUAACGUUAGCUAUGGCGAAAUGGUAGCCUGCGACGCGGAGAAUUGCGAGAAGGAGUGGUUUCAUCUUGGCUGUGUGGGCCUCAAGGCGGCUCCUUCGCAAAACACGACCUGGUAUUGCGACAACUGCAAGGAUCGUCAAAAGCAUGGCAAGAAGUCAAAUGGCCGCUAA